AGGUAUUACAUAAUGUCAUAACCAUCAUUGCACCAAGAGAAGUAUCAAUAUUUCAUAUAACCAGAGCCAAACAAAAACUAAAGAAAAUAAAUGGCGAAGGAGGGUUUAGGACUUGAGAUCACAGAGCUGAGACUGGGCCUUCCAGGAGAUAACAACGGCGAAAGAUUAGUUUGCGGAUCGAAGAAGACGAAGAGGGUGUUCUCAGACAUGAUGACGUCGUCAUCAUUAGAUACUGACGGUGAAAAUAGCGUCGUCGUUUCAUCGGUGGACAUUGUCGCCGGUGAGGUUGCGGAUGAAUCUUCUCCGGUGGCUAAGAGUCAGGUGGUGGGGUGGCCACCGGUGUGUUGUUAUAGGAGAAAUAAGAAAAACAAUAAGGAAGCAUCGAAAGCGAUAGGGUACGUGAAAGUGAGCAUGGAUGGUGUGCCAUACUUGAGGAAGGUUGACCUUGGCUCGAGCCAGGGCUAUAAUCAUUUAGCCACCGUUCUUGAGAAUCUCUUCGGCUGUCUUGGCCUAGGAGUGGCGUUGAAGGAGGGUGAGAAGUUUGAAUACGUUAUUAUAUACGAGGACAAGGAUGGAGACUGGAUGCUCGUCGGAGAUGUACCUUGGCAGAUGUUCAAAGAAUCAUGCAAGAGGCUGAGGAUCGUGAAGAGAUCUGAUGCAACCGGUUUUGGCCUGCAGCGAAAUUCAUCAUUCGAGUGAUAGUGAUUUAUAGCUAAUCAUAAAGUUUGAAAACACUCGAGUAAAUUUUUUCAUUACAGUAUAUUUUCAAAUUGCAAAAUUCCGUAAUGAUCAUAUAGUGGAUACUAGCUAAGUAGCUAUAUACAUGUUUUCUUGAAAACUAAAGAAGUUUAUCAUCAGUUACUGUUUCUUUCCCUUGAUAGUUAUCUUGUAUGUUUUAUGUUGUUUACCUUUUACAAGGGUUUUUUUAGUCUCACAUACUUCUCUAAUCAUCAAUACAAUGUUAGUUGUUGUUUCGUUUCUAACAA